AGAUCUCCUCCACUGCGUUCGCCCUCCAGCAGCUGGCUCUUCUAACUCCAUACUGCCUCAUAACAUAUGACUUGCACAGCUCAAUUACUCACAUUUAUACUUACACUAUGGCAAGCUACAGUAACCCGUGGUAAACCGCCAAAUAUUCUAUUUAUCAUGGCAGAUGAUCUCGGCUUCAAUGAUCUCGACUGGAAAGAUGAAGAGCUUUACACACCAACUAUUCGUUCACUUGCAUUUGAUCCACAUUCAGUACAACUUACCAACUCCUAUGUAAAUCAAUUGUGCACUCCAACGAGGAGUGCGUUCAUGACUGGUUAUUAUCCGUUUCGAGUAGGAACACAGAAUGGCGUAUUCCUGCAUAUGGAACCUUCUGGAGUCCCGCUACUUUUCCCAUUUGUGCCGGAAAAUUUGCGUUCACUCGGAUAUUCAACUUAUCUUAUUGGAAAAUGGCAUCUAGGCUACUGCAGAAAAGAAUUUCUGCCCACAUCACGGGGUUUCGACUAUUUUUACGGGUUUUAUGGACCGCAAGCUGGUUACUUUAAUCAUAGUUCAGAUCAAUGGCAUCGAGAUUUGAGAAGAGUUGUGAGGGGUGUCGAUUUAUUUGAGGAAUUCGGUGAUGGCAUCAGUAUGCCAGAUUUCAGUCAAGACGGAGUUUAUUCGACGGAGCUCUUCGCCGACGCAACUAUGGAGAUCCUCGAUGCUCACAAUUCUUCAAAUCCUUUUUUUACUUUCCUUUCCUUUCAAGCGGUUCAUCCACCUUUGCAGGUCCCAAAACGAUUUGAGAGAUAUUGUAUGCGGAUAAAGAACAAGGCUCGUAGGAUUUAUUGUGGAAUGUUGACAGCAAUGGAUUUUGCCAUUGGUCGUAUCAUAGAGUAUUUGAAAGUCACCGGAAAGUAUAAGGAUACAGUAAUCAUUUUCACCAGUGAUAACGGAGGAACAGCUCAAUUUGGGGCUUCCAAUUAUCCUCUACGAGGUGAGAAGGACACUUUGUGGGAUGGAGGCACAAAAACGACUACUAUUGUCCAUGCUCCUAAGUUCAUAAAAGUGAAUGGUGUAAGGCCAUUGUUAUUCCAUGUGGUUGACUGGCAUGCAACGCUUUUGGCUAUUGGUGGGAUGCAGAUUCAAGCUUACGGAGAUGGUAUAAAUCAAUGGGACUAUAUCGUCAGUGGAGUACCUCGCAUCCGACGAUUCCAGUUCAUCUACAACAUCGAUGAUCACGGAUCUGCAAUAAGAGAUGGCGACUUCAAGUUGAUCUAUGGAAACACAGAUCGUCGUAUAAGAGGUCAAGAGCGAAAAAUACGACUCUAUCGAGUUUCAGAAGACCCUGGCGAGAAAAAUGAUGUCUCAAGAAUGUAUCCUAUCACUGUCCGAAGGUUACUCAACAAAAUCCUCGAUCUCCAGAAAUAUAUGCGACGAAACGUGCGAAAACCGUUGAGCUUACUCGGUAAUCCAGAAUUACUAAACGGAAGUUACGCCAGUGGUUGGUGCAUAUAGAAUAGAAUUCGUAGUUGUUAGGAAUUGUUACUGUAAAUAGUUGUAAGUACA